CCCGUGUCUGUAUGACAACCACCACCAUCCACUGCCGUCGUGUUAAAGAUUACGAUGAGCGACCACCUGCUUGUUGAACGGGACGGUGCUUUCGUGGCGAACAUGUCCGCGAUCGACAGUCGCCUGUUGAGCAUUACCACCGGCACGGUGGAGAUUGAAGGCGGUCGAUUUCAACACUACGAGAGCGACCGUCAUAGCAUUGAACACGACGGCGGGGUCGGGGGGUGCCACCUCGGUCGUGUUCGACACGAUGACAGCGACCGUCAUCGUGGUGAACACGACGACGGGGUCGUGUUCAGCACGUGGUGCACAUGCCCGCGCUUGACCAUCAUCGUCUUGAACACGACCUGCGUUCGUGUUCGACACGAGGACAGUGACCGUUAUAGCUUGAACACGACAGCGGGGUCGGGUGGUGCCACCGCGGUUGUGUUCGACACGAUGACAGCGACCGUCAUCGGUUUGAACACGACGGUGGGGUCGUACGCCGCUCCCGUGUUCUGUUUGCCUGCUGUUGGAUACGCCGUCCCUUUCCUGUGUUCUGUUUGCCAGCACAAUCGAGUCGAACUGCCGCGCUGGCCCGCCAUGUUCGAGUCGAACUCGAUCGAGUCGACCUCCACCGAGUCCACCUUCAUCGAGUCGAACACGAUCGAGUCGAACACGAUCGAGUGGAACACGAUCGAGUCGAAUACGAUCGAGUCGAACACGAUCGAGUCGAACACGAUCGAGUGGAACACGAUCGAGUCGAACACGAUGGAAUUGAACAAGAUCGCAUGGACCCAAGAUCGGAUCGAACACGAUCGCCUGGACUCACUAUCGCCUGCACUCACGUUCGAGUCGAACACGAUCGCCUGGACUCGCGAUCGAGUCGAACACGAUCGCCAGGACUCACGAUCGACUCGAACACGAUCGAGUCGAANCGAUCGAGUCGAACACGAUCGCCAGGACUCACGAUCGACUCGAACACGAUCGUCUGGACUCACGAUCGAGUCGAACACGAUCGCCUGGACUCACGAUCGACUCGAACACGAUCGCUUGGACUCACGAUUGCCUGGAGUCAGGUUUGAGUCGGAAACGACCGUGUUGAAUACGACACGCACACGAGCGCCUGGACUUACGGUCGAGUUCAAGCGAGCUCAGCAACCGCAAUCGAGGCCUUCGUUCACGAUCCGCGAUAUGCCGCCUGAUCCGAAAGCUGGGCAGAUCGGAGAGAAGGGUCCGUGCCGCGGACUAGUCGUACCGUCAGCCCCUAUGAAAACCAGGCCAACGACGACCAAAGCACCAGCUGCCUUGGGCAGCCGAUCGCGCUAUGAUGUGGCCACCAAGGGACAUCUCCCCUUGGGAGGCCAGCAACACUAUGACUACACUGUGCCAAGCCGCGCAGAGGAAGCACAUGAGUAUUUUGAAGAUGAGGAUGAAGAGAACAACGACGAAUAUUCGGAACGAGCAGGAGGACAGAAACAGUAUGCUGCGGGCGGCGGCGGCAUGAUGAGGAAUCCAGGAGAGACAAGUAAAGUGGUUGGACAAGAUGAAGACAGUGAGCACACUAUGAGCGAAUUAGGUGGGGAGGUUGGUCAAGCAGGAGGAUAUGGGCGCAACUACGAAGGAUGUGAGGGGGAUGCGCACGCGACAGUGGCUGUGGCUAGGCAUACAGAUGCUGCAGGGCGCGCUGAGCGAAAGAGGAAGCACAAGCGGGGAAGGAAAAGUCUUAUGGAUAGUAAACGGAGUAGGCCAGAAGCGGGUGAAAAAAAACAAUUGAAAAUAAUGCCCGUGGAUGAGGCGGUCCAGCGAACACGGGAGACUGAGGCAGCCGCGAAGAAAAAACAGCAGCCAAAGAAAAGAAAGGCAAAAGGUGGUGUCAUGGAAAAGACUUCUGUUUUUCCAGCGGAACAACCGCAAUCAGAUGAAGAGGCCAAAGGAAAGACAGUUACUAGGCCUCCAAGCUUGAGAAACGUGUCAUCAGUGACUUCUUCUGGUGUUCUCAACAAAGACUUCUUCCUUGAGUUGGACGAGCGUGGGAACCAAUGUCCAGACAUGAAAUUUAUUUCUGUCCAGUUCGACCGAAUUCUAGAUAUCCCCGACGGGGAAUUCAGAUACAAUCAACGCUAUCUUGUGCAGCAGACAGUUGACGACAUUUAUGACGCAAUGGUUGUAUCGGGUGAGGCUGCUAUGCGAGAGAGAAUGACUGGAGCUGCCGGUGUGAAUGUUUGUACAUUGUAUGAGAAGCCUGUCCUUUUGUUGGUUGUCCUCCAUGAUACAUUGCAUAUUGACGCUUCAGGGAGGAUUGUGAGAGCAAGAAGGGUGUUGCCCGAUGAUUUCGACCUCGAAUCUGUGAACAAGUACUACUACGACCCUCUCAGCGGUCAGCAUAACGUGGCAACGGCAAGAAGGUGUUUUGUUGAACGCCCUGACAUCGCACAAGAGCUCCGAUUGGAUCGCUGGACUGCGAGACCUGUUUAUUAUCCAGAUAAGAGCAUGGACAAUUACGGCAUGCUGAGCACUUUCCAGAACGCCAAGGACAAAUGGAAUACCCCACCGCACCAGAUCGUGGUUAUCCAGAACAUACGGAAGUUGUGGCACAAGUCGAACUGUCCUGAAGCUAAAGGCGGCUCAACGGCAGAAGUGAAAAAUGCAGAGUAUAGAAAGUUUGCAGGAGAGGCUCUUCAUUUGACCGGGAUUCGUAAUUUGAUUGACAUGUCCCUUACUACUCAAUGAAGCGGUCAAUGGUCUGAUGACCUCGGGCCCUACAUGUUGUUGGCAAGGGCGACAGAUGACGUUUUCGAAAAGGUGAAACAAGUGUA